UUUGUCAAAUUACGAUUGUUUGCCGUUGCGUUGUGUAGCGUUGUAUUUGUAAAUUUAGAUUUUUCGUAAAAGAAAUCCUAAUACACAUCAUAAUUUCCCUUUAAAUAUUGUGCUAAUUAGGCACUUACAAUGGCCGACGAAGAGUACGAGGCGGAGGACGCGGGAGCAGACUACGACGACAUUGCCGAAGACGAUGAUAACAUUGAAGAGACAGAAGAACAGGAGGAAGAUGGUUACAACGUGCAGUGCCUGCAGCCGGGGCAGGCCGGCGGCGGAGUCGAGAAGUCAAAACGAAUCACCACUAGAUACAUGACCAAAUACGAAAGAGCUAGAGUUCUAGGAACAAGAGCUCUUCAAAUAGCAAUGUGUGCCCCGGUGAUGGUGGAGCUCGAAGGUGAAACGGACCCUCUUCAAAUAGCCAUGAAAGAACUGAAACAACGCAAGAUCCCCAUCAUCAUACGUCGAUACCUGCCUGACCAUUCCUAUGAAGAUUGGAGUAUAGAUGAGCUCAUUAUUAUUGAUCAUUAGGUAGUUUUUAAGAUAAUUUUAUAGACAUAAGUACCUACUAAGUGUAAAUGUAAGAAGUUCAAAGCAUUCUGUUAAUAACUUUACUGCAACAUAAAUAUUGAUGAUGGUUCUACUACUUCUACAUUUACAACAUUUUUACUACUAUAAAACAGUUACAUUACAGGAAAGACUACUCUUAAAAAUUAUCAAAUUACAGAGUAUCAAUGUUAUGUAUAUGAAGAUGUAAUUUUUAAAUAGGAAAAUAGAAUAUUUUUCUUGCA